CUUAGCUUUAUGUUGCGCUUGGUUUGUGCAUAUCAGCAAACACAUGCGCAGCUUGACGCGGUUGUUGAUCUUGUCCAACGUGCUGCUGGCUUUGGCGAAGCCACACAUCCUCUUCGUGUUGGUGGAUGACCUUGGCUGGGCCAAUGUCGGUUUCAACUUGGAGGAGGCCAAUCCUGAAGUGGUCACUCCCAAUUUGGACAGUUUGGUGGCGAGCGGCAUCCAUUUGAAGCGGCACUAUGUGCACAAGGCCUGUACGCCCAGCCGCACUUCUGUGCAGUCCGGGCGCUUGCCAGUGCACGUCAACUCAGUAGUGUGGGAUGUGUGUAAUGACAACACGGGCAUCCCGUACAACAUGACUGGGCUGGCUGAGAAGAUGAAGCAAGGAGGGUACAAGACCCAUUUUGCAGGCAAGUGGGAUGCUGGUAUGGCGACUCCCGCGCAUACACCCCAUGGCCGGGGUUACGACACCAGCUUGAACUUUUUUGGCCACAAGAACGACUUCUACAGCCAAUCCAACAUUCAGACAUGUUGCGAGGAGGAUCAAUCUAUCAUUGAUUUCUGGCGAACUGAUCGUGGUGCAUCGGAUGCCAAUAGCACCGACUACUCCGAGUUUUUGUAUCAAAAGGAGUUGGUCGGGAUCGUGGAGCGACAUGAUCCGGCUGUGCCUUUGUUCUUAUUCUACGCACCUCAUGUGGCACAUGAACCGUUGCAAGUGCCUCGAGCAUAUUAUGACAAGUUCAACUUCAUGACGGACGAUGAGAGCACUUGUAGCCGGCAAACGGUGAAAGAGCUGCACCCCAUCGACCCAGCUCACCCGAACUUGGAGUACAAAUGCCGUCAGCAGUAUGCGGCCAUGAUCAUGAUCAUGGACGAGGUAGUUGGCAACAUCACCGGCGCCCUGAAGUCCAAGAACAUGUGGGAGAACACUCUCAUGAUCCUCUCCUCCGACAACGGGGGCCCGGUCCAUCUCCCGGAGAAUGCGGCCUCCAACUGGCCCCUGCGGGGCGGGAAGUACGGCUUCUUCGAAGGCGGCAUUCGCGUGCCGGCCUUCGUAGCUGGCGGAUACGUUCCUUCGCAGCUUCGCGGCACCAGCAACAGUGGCAUGAUCCAUAUCGCCGACUGGUACGCCACGCUGAGCAAAAUGGCCCAGGUGGACCCCACCGAUUUUCGCGCGGCGAACGCGGGCUUGCCGAAGAUCGACUCGCUGGAUGUGUGGCCUUUCCUCGUGGGUGAAGUGCCGGAGUCUCCCAGAGACGUCCUACCCCUGGGACCCACCAGUUUGCUCUGGGGUCAGUGGAAGCUGCUGGACGGGCUUCAGUACCCGAGCUUCUGGCAGGGCCCGAAAUAUCCCAACAGCAGCUCUGUGGAGCCUAGAAUCGGAGCUUGCCAGGACGGGUGUUUGUUCGACGUGGUCUCUGACCCCACGGAGCAGCGCAACCAGUUCCACGCACGCCCGGACCUCGUGGCGAAACUGCGAAGCCGUCUCCAAGCAGAAAAAGCACACUUCUUCAACAACAGCGACUCCUUCCCCAGGAGCUGCCCCUCCACAGAGGAGCACUGCGCGUGUUGGGCGGCGCGCCAGCGAUACGGCAACUUCCUGGGGCCCUUCGCGAUGCUAGAGGCGCAAGAACUCCCGGCUGAGCAGACAUGGCUGCGAUCAAAGUAGCCCCAGGCCCGGAUCAAAGCCGCCAAUUCGCUCUUCACUGUGAAAAUGGUGGGGAAAUCGACUCCCAUGUGCUCCUUGGUCAAUGGGAGAAUGUGUGGCA